GCUCCUCUUCCAUCCAGCCUCCUGUCUGCUUCAAAUUAAUUCACUUAUUGAAGCAAACAAACAAAUAAUAAAAGAAUCCUCGUCUGGGAAGCUGUGAAUCAGUCUUUCUGUAAAGGUAACCGGUUCUGGGAGGUGUUCACGAAAGAAGCAAAUUGCUGUCGCGCCAAGUGUAAAGUCUGAUCUCAACUCCUGAACUAUAAUCUUGCUUUGUACCACGAUGCCGGGAAUUGUGGACCGCAUGGAGCUAAGGAGAAUCUCCACAGGAGCUGAUGACGAAAGCUUGGAGAGCUUGGACCACUAUACAGAGCCCACCGACUCCGACAAGGGCACCGUGAACAGUCAGUUUGUGGGCGACAAUGAUGACACAGAAAGUCAAAACUUCCUGGCAAACGGGAUGCUGAAAAAGCAGAAAUACGACGAAUACCAUGAAGAAUAUCACCCCGGCCACACCUCCUUUGGCAUGUCCGUCUUCAACUUGAGCAAUGCUAUCAUGGGUAGCGGCAUUCUGGGUCUGUCCUAUGCCAUGGCGAACACAGGCAUUGUGCUUUUUACAAUCCUGCUCAUCGCAGUGGCCAUUCUGUCUUUAUACUCGGUGCAUCUGCUCCUCGUAACGGCGCGAAAGAAGGAGGUGGGUAUUUAA